GGCUCCUUUCGCGCCAGACAGAGACGCGCCUCGAAGACCUACAGACGCUUCCCUCGCGGUUCCCGAAGCAUUGGCGACGAGGACACGUUCGCGCGAGUGCUGCCGAGUGCUUCAGAGACACGCGAGUGAAGUGAAACCCUGAAAGUGAGAGGAAGAGACCUGGGAGGAGGAUCGAGGAGAGAGAGAGAGAGGCGGCGCCGAGAUGUGGCGGGGCUGGGGCCUGACGCUGGCGCUGGCGCUGGCGUUGAGCGGCGCCGCGCGGGCCACUGACGACGACGUCCUGCAGGAGCUCCAGCGGGAGAGAAUGCGGCGCGUGCAGAACAUCCGGGCGAGGGAGGGCAAGUACGACCCCAUGAGCUCCCGCGUGGCGCCCCAGUGGUCCUCCCGCGACGGCCCGUACACCAUCACUCCGGACCGCCUGGCCGAGAUCCGCGCCGAGCUCAUGUACCCCUUCUACGACAACGACGAGCACGGCGGCGACGGCGACCUCGAGGUCAACAUCAACACGCAGAACACGCAGGUCAACAAGCAGCUCACCUUCCUGCUGCCCUUCUUCGGCUUCGGACUCAACUACACCUGGGUCUCCCUCAACGGCUACCUGGGCUUCUCCGACGCGCCCUUCAACUGGGAGCACUACCCGCUGUCCUUCCCGGUGCCGCAGUGGCCCGAGAAGCCCGACCCGUCCUUCAUAGGGCCGUUCUACUCCAAGUGCAACAUCGGCGAACUCAAGCCGGGCGACGACGACUCCAGGAGGCCCGGAGGGUCUUUUCAUAGGAGUGCUAUGUGCUGGCAGCUGCUGGUUUCUACUUCUCAUCUCUGCUACAUGAUUGAUAGGAGACUUGGCUUUAUUCGCGCUGUGCAUAGUUCGAUAGCUGUCAUAGUGCUGGCUGGAGCUUGUGUGGCUAGAUGGAUGCUCUCUGUGUCUGGCUGGCUGGCUGCUAAAGCAAAAAUGACAGCAGCCGUGUUGCAUCGUGCCCAUCAAUUCUUAUUUCUCUGUUACAAUACCACGUCCUUCUGUGAGUAUGCCAUGAACCAGCAACAGAACCCGGACGUAACGAAGCAGAGAAAGGAGCGAGAGGAGAGUGAAGGCGCCUCGGAGGACACCAGCGCCAGGGGAGGCUGGCCACAACGUCCCUUCGAUCCCGGCAAAGCUCCUGAAGGCGGCGACGGAGAGCGUGGAUGCGAACCGCGUCGAAGCCCUUCUGGUGUGGAUUUCAUCGUAUCUCUAAGGCUGCACCCACGACGCCAACGGGCUGGUGACGUCAUUCGUAUCCAGGACCGUUCUAGAUUCUGGACUGAACUCGUGGUUGUAUUAGACACCAGAGGCAAACAAAGUAGAUGGCUGGAGCGCGACCUUCCCUCGCGGCUGGACCAAUUCGGCGUGGAGAUCCGCGAGCGCAUCAAGUGGGACGUGCGCGAGGGCAUCGUCGGCGCCGCCAUCUUCCCCAAGCAGAUGAUCGUCACGUGGAAGAACGUCACCUUCGCCGGCGGAUCCGUGAACACCAACGCCAAAUAUGUGACGAACACCUUCCAACUCGUGGUCACGACGGACGAGAUCCGCACCUACGCCCUCUUCAACUACGAGUACAUGCGCUGGACUUCCCACACGGAGGCCGGAGGCUCCACUGACGACGGCCAGGGCGGAGUGCCUGCUUACGUCGGCUUCAACGCGGGCAACGGGACGCGGUCUUACGAGUACAGACCCUACAGCCAGAAGCUCUACAUCCGGGACCUGUCGACCUCCGGCAACGCCAACGGAAAGCCCGGCCGCCACAUCUUCCGGAUCGACGAGAAGAUCUUGGCCGGAUGCUGCAGGCGGGAGGAAGACCUGAUGGACUACCCGCUGACCUUCGCGCCCGAACACGGCAACAUGAUGGGCGGGACCCUGGUCAACCUGACGGGCCCGUGCUUCAAGGUCACCCACCGCCUCGUGUGCCAGUUCGACACGACGGCCGUGGAGGGCCGGGUGCUCGACGAGAACAGAGCGGCCUGUGUGAUGCCGCAGCUCUUCGUGUCCGGCUACGUCGACUUCUCCAUCUCCAUCAACUCGGGACCUUACUACUGGAAGGGGAAGUUCUUCGUCGAGACGCCCCUGACGGCCCCUGAGGGAGUGUGGUUCAAGGACGACAGCUACCAGCAGCACACGCCCACAGACAUCAAGAUCGCGUGGCUGGCGGGUAAUCUCACCAUGAACAGGGACGCGCAGGUCACGAUCUCGCUCUGGGGCUACAGGGAGAUCUCCAUCUACCGGAAAUCUCUACAUCGACAUGUUUGGCAAAUUGUUAGUGAAUACCACCGCUGUCUGUUUACCAUGAUAACUAUAGUUGCCAGUGACUUUACCACCGUAAGUGCGUUCGUGAAUCCGUGCCCAAGCCGCCGGUCAAGUCCUCCCCCCCCCACUCCUACAGGACGGACGCCGAACACGGGGAACUACAUCCUGGUUCCCGGGGACUACGCGAACCGGGACAACCGCGACUACCUGGACCUCGAGAUGGGCCUCAUCAUGAUCAACCUGACGACGCCAGAACCCGCCUACGGCCUCGAAGAUUCCACGGUCGUGUGGUCCCGCCCCAUCCCUCUGGCUUGGUACUUCCGGCCGCAGUGGGAGAGAAUCUACGGCACGGGAUGGACGACCGCCAUGUGUGACCGCUGGAUCGAGAACGACCGCAAUCUCAGGAACUUCGCCUACGAGGUGGAGCGCUGCCCGUGCCUGCUCAAGCAAGCCGUGGCCGACAAGGGGCGCUUCCUGCCCGACUUCUCCUGCGACCGCGACGGCAACACCGAGUGCGACUACCACUUUGGCGCCAUACACUGCGUCCGCACGGCGCUGCCCAACAAGGACGGCGCCGGCCAGCAGUGCUGCUACGACCGCGACGGCUACCUCAUGAUGACCGCGGACAAGAUGUGGGGCGGAAACCCCCACCGCGCCCACAACCUCGGGAAAUCGCCCUUCGACGAGGCGAACAAGGUGCCCAGCUUGUCCCACUGGUACCACGACGUCAUCCCGUUCUACACGUGCUGCAAGUGGCAGGGCGAGCAGUCUCCGGGCUGCGUCACCUACAGGUUCGAGCGGCGGGUGUCCCAGGACUGCGUGGGCUACCAGCCCCCGACAGCGGCCACGGUGUUCGGCGACCCCCACGUGUACACCUUCGACGACCUGCAGUACACCUUCAAUGGGAAGGGCGAGUUCGUGAUGGUCCGCGUGGACUCGGUGCGCCAUGUGCUCGACGUCCAGGGCCGCUUCGAGCAGAUCCCCGUCAACUACCUCGGCGAUGCAAGGGCGUCCACUCUCACGGCUGUGGCAGCCCAAGAUAACGUCUCUUCCGUGGUGGAGGUCCGGCGGCGCCCCAUCGACGCCAUGUGGCGCUACCACCUGGACGUCAUCGUCGACGGAACCAGAGUGUACUUCGAUCGCUAUUCGCAGAAGAUCCAGCAGUUCAAGGAGUGCGUCGUCUACACCCCUAGCAACAUUCUCAACCAGAGUCACGUGAUCAUCAUGUUCGCCUCGGGAGCAGGAGUUGAAGUCAUGGAGAACAUGGGCUACUUGGGCACGCGGAUAUACCUCCCUCUGUCGUUUGCGAAUAUAACACGAGGCUUAUUCGGGAACUGGACGUUCGACCCGCAGGAUGACCUGGUGCUGCCCGACGGCUCCUCGGGCCCGGUGGCAGACGCGAACAACAUAGAGCUCAUCCACAAGGACUUCGCCAUGAAAUGGGUGCUGGACGACAAGGAGAAUCCGGACGUCGGGAAGAGCUUGUUCUUCCACGAGAAUUCUCGCUCCAGCAACUACUAUUACGACCCGGACUUCAUCCCAGAGUGGAAGACGACUCCUGAGUUGUCACCCAACGCGACGACCCCCAUCGAGGACAUCAACCGCGUGUGCGGCGACUCGUACCAGUGCUACUUCGACUACGUGGUUUCGCUGAAGCGGGACUUCGCCGUCAUGACCAAGUACUACCAGGACCAGUUCGUCAACAUCAAGGGCGACGGACUCCAGGAAGUGGUGUCGUGCGGCGCCCUCCCGACGCCCCCGCACGGCCGCAAGUCCACCUUCAACUUCCUCAGCGGGGCGGAAGUCAAAUUCGACUGCGACCCGGGCUACGUCCUCCUGGGCGAGCAGCGCCGCUGGUGCUACGCCUCCGGGGACUGGAACUGGCCCGAGGACGGCGAGGCCACCUGCGUCACCGAGGCGGAAUACCUGGGCAUGCAGGCGGGCGUGACAGCCGGGACGGUCCUCGCGGUGCUCCUGCCGGUGCUCAUCGCCCUGCUGUGCUACGCCUCCUACGUGCGCAACAAACAGCGCGCGGAUUUCCCCGAAGACGCCGUCAGGAGAGGCCAUGGCACCCGACGCAGCUUCAACCAGUUCUUCCCGCGGUCCAAAAGAGACAGCUCGCCGGAGCCGCGUCCGGGCCGCACCGUGGACCUGCGGGCGGGGGACACUUCGCCUGGACUCAAGCACGACGACACCCAGGUCUAAGUGGGCGGCCGUCGCACGUACGCCCGCAAGUGCCAGGUCUCGCCAGCAACGGUCGGCGACUGUCAACCGGCCGCUGGUCCGUGGUCGCCAUUUGCCGGUCGCCGCUCAUGGGCGUCGGCCACAGGUGUCAUGGAAUUAAUUAGCUGUUGUAAGUCGUAUGUUCGUCUCUUUGUGUUUCGGGUUGUGUAUCACCCACCUUCUGCCAGUGAGAGGCGCCUGUGUUAGCUGUACGACGAGAAGUUUCCGUCUCUUUAUGGCAGAAAUAUGUACUGAUUAUUUUCUCUGAUAAAAAUAAAUAAAUAAAAAAACAGACAAUAUGCAUGUCCAAAUUCUAAGCCAUUUGAUUUUUGAAGUAGAUAUUUUAUAUAUCGUAAUUCGUCAUUUUUACAAAAUAGACUGAUAACUCUUCUCUGAAUGUGUUGUUAUUAUAGUGGAUAACAAAAUCUUUUAUACGGUUUUAGAGAAUAAUUUUUUUUUCCUUUUUAUAUGAGUACACUUCUGUCUCUGUCUGUUGUUAUGUUGAUUGAUUGUUCUUGUAAAGUCUUUCAGAAUUAGCGUAAUAUUAGCGUAGGGCAACCAAGACUAGUUUAUAAAACUAAUACUAAAAGAUAAGUUUGUGACUUUCAGAUACGAAUAAAUGUUGCUUAGUAUUUUAUAAGGUGUAUGUUAUGAGAGCAUGUGAUGUUUAUUUUAUAUAUGAUAACGCACUACCGUAGUUUUUGAUUGUUAGUAAGGGAAGUAAGUCCCAACAAGAAUUCAAAUUUAUUCAAUUAAUAUGGAAAAUAAAUUAACGGGAACUCUUUUUCAUCCUCGUAACUCGCCAUGAGUUUGUUGUGUCAACCGAGCAUCCUUAAUUGUCGUAGCACGUGCUCCAGCUUCCUUGAUUCUUGUUUAUAUUAAAUUGCUAUAGACAAACUUUCUCUUUCUGAAAAAAAAAGCUCUUCCUUGUGGCUGUUUUUUCCUUCGUCUUCUCCCUCCAUAAUUUGUCAGCGAGAAAGAGGAUCCUGGGAUGUUUUUCCCGCCAUUUUGCAUGCGGGAAAAAUCGCUGCCACUUCAAGGGGGAUUUCAUUUAGUAUUGUUGUUACUUAGAGAUCACUGAUAUUACUGAUACCUUAAUAAUUUUCAUUGGCGUUAUUUUGCAAUUGCCAUCAACAUUAUUAUUAUUAUUCGCCCCGACACCCGGCGAUUAUUUCUUAAGGGAUCCCUGCUAUAAAGUUAGUGUUCUUGCGAUCGUGGCCGUAAUUCAAGUUUGUGACGUCACAAUCAACCACGUUCUGUUUUUGCAAUAAAAUAUCAUUCUAAAA